AGCGGAGCCCAGCGACGGAAGAGGAGCAGUAACCGGCGACACGGGGUCGACGCUUUGGGCGCCAAUCGCGCCACGCCAUAAGGAAGACCUCCUCUCCAGCCACUCCGGGCUAAGCCAACUUUCGACGCCUGCUUAUUGCUGGUGGGCCAUGGCUGAGGGGACAGGCUGUGAGGCGCCCAAAGCGUGCUUGGCCAAGAUAGUGAUGGUGGGUGACUCCUUCGUGGGGAAAACCUCGAUCCUGAGGCGAUACACCGACUUUUGCACCACCGCCUGCGCGCCGUCUUCCUAUAUCACCACCGUCGGCAUUGAUUUUAAAGUGAAAACAAUUUCAUGUAAUAAUACAACUAUGAAACUUCAAAUAUGGGAUACAGCUGGCCAGGAAAGAUUUCAUACAUUUACUACUAGUUUUUUCCGAGGAGCACAUGGAUUUGUUCUUGUUUAUGAUAUCACAGAUGGAAAAAGCUUUCAAGGAAUUUCAUACUGGAUGAAAGAUAUAUAUGAGAAAGUAGGUGAAAAUACAGACAUAAUACUGCUGGGUAACAAGUGCGAUAAGGAGGCAGAACGUAUUAUUUCAAAAAACAAAGGAGAAAAGCUUGCUUGGGAAUAUGGAAUACCUUUCUUUGAGACCAGUGCAAAGAAUAAUAUAAAUAUUGAAAAUGCAUUUUCAGUUCUCGCCGAAGAAAUAUUGAACAAGAAUUCCUGUGUAUUACUCAACUUAGAUGUGGUGGACCUAAAUGAAAAACUACAAACAAGAUCUUGCUGCAAAUUGUGACUGUACAAAGAAAGAGAAAGCUACUAGUACUGGUGACUUGUAUAUAUCAAAGCCUUGAAUCCCUAACAUAUAAAAUUUCUCAGUUAUACUGAUACUAACAAACGAACAGAUUCUUUAUCCAUUGACAUUUUAUGUAAUUGCUGUUGCAAGCCAAACAUUAGAUUUACGUUAUGUAUCAUGACUGUAAAAGUUAUUCAGAAUGGAAGAGUAAAAAAAAAUACAAACUAUCUUUGAAUGUUGGCCAUCAUAGCUUAUUUAUACAAUAAACCUAAAAGGUAAACAUGA